AAAUAUAAAUUAGAAUUAUUUUCUCCUGCAUAAGGAUGGUAAAAGAAAUUUCGGCUGGAUACAACUAAUUCAAAAAAGGCUGUUUCGCCCAGGAUUAUGUUUUUGCCUCUGAGUCAGCUCAAGUCAGAACUUUAAACUAAGCUUGUGGUUAUCAAACUACCUAAGAUUACAUUUUCUUAACACAAUCAAAACAGUGACACUCUAAUCUUUGUGAUUUUUACAAAACUUUAGAAUGAAGACCACAGAAUUCAAACUGUAUUAAAAAAAAACAAAAAAACAAAACACACACUUACUACAUGAAAAUCCAGUCCAGAAGCCAAAAAAAACGAUGAGUAUAAUAAUAAUGAGCACAAUGCUGAAGUUGGAUUCUUAUUCAGCAUUGUGCUUAUUUAUGAUUUGUUGACAUAAAGAUGGUAAAAUGACUAUCUGUAUUCAAAAAUGCAGAAUGUUAUAAAAACAGCUAAAAAACAAAGUGAUUUCUAGAAAAGUUUGAAAUUAGAAACACUUGUAGGAUUCCUUUUGAUGUCAUGUGUCUGUCUCCAAUUUUAUAUGUAGAUGUGGAAGUAUUUAGAAGAGAUAUCUAUCCAUGUUGACAAUUUAGACAUAAGGGAUCUGUUUGUAUAUUCAGGAUCUUUUGCAAUGAUAUUAACAUAAAUCACUGUUUAUUUAGGAUAUCAGCAAAUAGUAGGAUCAGUAAUUGCCUGCAAACCGCUAGCCUGGUUUAAGUAUAGUUAUAUUGGGCCUUUUUUUCUUUUCUUUUUUACUUAACUGUAAUGCAUACUGUAAAAAGCUGGCGUUCAGUUUGAACUUGCCAUACCAACUGUGUUCCUGUGGAUUGUUGUCACAUCAACAUCUUUAAGCAAACUUUGAUGUCUGGAACUCGAGCAUCACCUAAUCCUAAACAUCAUGAAGACACAGUUUACAAAACCAAAGUAUUAUUAUUGAGACAUUCUAAAGGACAAAUAGUGGACAAUGUAGUAUCACGUUGAUAUAUAUAUUUUUAGUAUAGUUAGUUUGUCAACCUGUUUUUCAUAUCAUGUAUUAAAUUUUUUCCAACUUUGGCUAGUUUCCGCUUUUUUCACUAUACUUGUGUUUGCUCAAAAUGCAACCGCCUGUGGACAGUCGAGGAUGUGCAGUCCAUUUCUGUCCCUGGACAGUGGGUGGGGAAAUAUAAGUUUGCAGCGUCCUUUAGUGGAGGACCAAGGAGGGGGAAUUAAAUGGACAGUGGCAUACCUGGGGAGGUAACUGAGGAUGAGCUGUUCAAUAGACUUCAGCAAAUCAAAGAUGGUCCAGAGCAGCCGCAGAAUAACAACCCAAGCACAGAAAAUACCGAGGAUCCCGUCGAAACUCCAGAGAGCUCUGAGGAUUCCCAAGGUGGGGAUAGCUUGCUUGACUGGCUCAACACAGUGAGACGAACCGGCAACACAACUAGAACUGGACACCGCGGAAACCAGUCGUGGCGAGCUGUGAGCCAGACCAACCCAAACAGUGGUGACUUUCGCUUUAGCUUGGAGAUCAGUGUGAACCGCAACCUGGCCGAACAGCAGGCCGCUGCUGAAGGAGAACAGGGGCCUUCAGAGCAGCCCCCAACGGGCCAAGAGGAAGAAGAGGUUGCAGAUCCUGAACCACAGGUUCCUAUGGAAACGGAGGUUGUGGAAGAACCAGUUGUUGAAGAGUUAGCUGUCAUUGUUGAGCCAGAACCUGAAGAAACACCUGAAGAAGAGGUUGCCUCACAAGAAGCUGUCGAGGAACCUCCCAGUCCGCCCCCAGCUCCACCUCCAGCUCCAGUCGUAGAAGAAGCUUCACCGGAGCAACCCCCACCUUGUUCUUCUCCAAGAAGGGGACAAAGGAGACCCCGCAGCCGUAGCCCAGAACCACGUAGGACCAGAGCCCGCCUAGCCAGAAGCCGCUCACCUCUCCGUUUGGAUCAGCUAGAUGACCUACCCGGUCCACGACACACCUAUGGCUCUCAGAGCCCCAGUUCUUCCACUGACACACCUCCAGUGCCUCAAGUGGAGGGCAGUUCUCGGACUCGACAACAUAUUCUCUCCAGGCAAAGCCCAGCAGACGACAAUGUUCAGCCACCCAGUGUUGAAGCAGAAUCAGUCCCGGAGGCCCAGAAUGUCAGACCUCAGGAAGGAGAACCCAACGGGAAUGAAGGAGGUUCGGCGGAGCGCCGUCCCCCAACUAUAAUGCUCGACCUUCAGGUGCGUCGUGUGCGUCCAGGCGAAUAUCGGCAAAGAGACAGCAUCGCCAGCCGUACCCGGUCACGCUCGCAGAACUCCAACAACACUUUUCUCUAUGAGAGUGAGCGAGGGGGUUUUCGCAGGACCUUCUCGCGCUCCGAGCGUGCCGGAGUGAGGACCUACGUCAGCACCAUUCGAAUCCCCAUUCGCAGGAUCUCCGACGCAGGGUUAGGAGAGGCGACGUCGAUGGCUCUCCAGUCUAUGAUAAGGCAGAUCAUGACGGGCUUCGGCGAGCUAGGCUACCUCAUGGACUCCGACUCAGAUUCUUCAGAUUCAAACCGCGGUACCGGGACACCCGCCGAUACGGAGUCCCUUAAUAAUCCAGAUGCUAGUAACGCUGACGCGUCUGCUGCUGAUGAGCAACCAUCGGUUGCUGCUGCUGCUGCUGGAGUUAGAGAGAGGACAGUUGAGACAGAUGCAGAUGAGGGUCUUACUACUGGCCCACAGGCUUCUGGUGGAAGGGCUCGACCUAGACCCCCCAUCAGCCUAGAGGAGCCCAGUUCACUGCCCUUUCUACGACUUGCUCAUUUCUUCCUCCUGAAUGACGACGACGAUGACCAGCCUCAGGGGCUGACCAAAGAACAGAUUGAUAACCUCUCCAUGCGCAACUUUGGUGAGAGCGACGCCUUGAAAACCUGUAGCGUCUGUAUAACAGAGUACGCUGAGGGGAACAAGUUACGCAAGCUUCCCUGCUCUCAUGAGUACCAUGUGCACUGCAUAGACCGCUGGCUCUCUGAGAACUCCACCUGCCCCAUCUGUCGCAGGGCUGUCCUGGUAUCAGCCAACCGAGAGAGCGUGAUCUAACUCUUAACAGACUCCAACCUUUUCAAUAUUUCAAACUAAUUACACAUCCAAGUCAUGUAAGAUGCUUUGAAGAAAUGUCUCCACUAUUGAAAAUUAUUUUUUUUCUCAUAAUUUGUGAGUUUGAUCAUUAUGUUACAGGUUUCAUUUGAGGUGCUCAGUCUCUUGACAUGCAUUCAGACUCCAAGUUGACAUUUGCUAUUGUUCAGAGCUGAGCAGAAGCAGUGCAUGCUGUUGAUCAACCUGUUGUGUCCAUGCAGUGAUGCACCAAGUUAUGUACACAAGCAGACCUAUAAUCUUAUAUUAAACCCUUUGAUUAUAAAUGCUGCUGCACACCUGCCGGUAGUUCAAGC